AUGAGAGCGAUCGUCUACCCCUCAGAUGCCUGGAUGGAGUCCAAGACUCAGAAGAAGAGUGGAUCCUCUGGCGUUACUUCCGCCCCUUUAGGAUUCGCACAAUGCGACACCGACGUUCAAAAGCGUGCAAGUUGGACAGCCUUCCGAAGCCAAGCUCACUAA